UAGGCGGUCAGCAAUGUCGCUGCCGCCGUAUCUGCUGGGGCCCAACCCCUGGGCCACGAUGAUGGCGCAGCAGCAGUUGGCAGCGGCACAACAAGCGGCGCUUCAAGCGCACGCGGCUGCCGCUGCUGCUGCGCCCCCGGUGCCACCAGCGCAGCCCCCUAAACCAACUCAUGUUCCCGAGGAGAAGAUAAAAGAAAAAGCUCAGAAAUGGCUUCAACUGCAAUCAAAACGUUUUGCGGAGAAGCGAAAAUUUGGGUUUGUGGAUGCACAAAAAGAAGACAUGCCUCCAGAACACAUCAGAAAAAUUAUCAGAGAUCAUGGCGACAUGACUAGUCGUAAAUAUCGCCAUGAUAAACGUGUAUACCUCGGAGCAUUAAAGUAUAUGCCUCAUGCUGUCAUGAAGCUCCUGGAAAAUAUGCCCAUGCCUUGGGAGCAGAUCAGAGAUGUAAAGGUUUUGUACCAUAUCACAGGAGCUAUAACAUUCGUUAAUGAAAUUCCGUGGGUGAUUGAGCCAGUUUAUAUUGCACAAUGGGGUACAAUGUGGAUCAUGAUGAGACGUGAAAAACGUGAUCGUCGUCAUUUCAAACGUAUGAGGUUCCCACCUUUUGAUGAUGAGGAACCCCCUCUUGACUAUGCUGACAAUGUCUUAGAUGUGGAACCAUUAGAGCCUAUACAGAUUGAGUUGGAUCCUGAGGAAGAUGGAGCUGUAGCAUCUUGGUUUUAUGACCACAAACCCCUUAUUGACACCAGACAUGUGAAUGGUUCAACAUACCGUCGUUGGAACUUAACUCUUCCCCAAAUGGCAACAUUGUACCGUCUGGCUAAUCAACUACUAACCGACUUGGUGGACGAUAACUACUUCUAUCUCUUUGAUUCAAAAAGUUUUUUCACUGCCAAAGCUCUAAAUAUGGCAAUCCCUGGAGGCCCUAAAUUUGAGCCUCUGGUGAAAGAUAAUUCUGCAGGAGAUGAAGAUUGGAAUGAGUUCAAUGAUAUCAAUAAGAUUAUAAUACGUCAGCCGAUUCGCACGGAAUAUAGAAUCGCAUUUCCAUAUUUGUACAACAAUCUGCCGCACUUUGUACAGUUGUCUUGGUAUCACACACCAAAUGUUGUGUACAUCAAAACUGAAGAUCCAGAUCUACCAGCCUUCUACUUUGAUCCCCUCAUUAACCCUAUCUCUCAUCGUCAUUCAGUAAAGUCUCUUGAACCGGUCCCAGAAGAGGAAGAUUACAUACUCCCCGAUGAAGUGUCUCCAUUCUUACAAGAAACUGCACUUUACACAGAUAAUACAGCUAAUGGUAUUGCUCUACUUUGGGCGCCCAGACCAUUCAGUAUGAGAUCGGGACGGACUCGUCGCGCAAUUGAUGUGCCAUUGGUAAAGACCUGGUAUAAAGAACAUUGCCCACCAGGCCAGCCUGUAAAAGUUCGUGUUUCAUACCAAAAACUACUCAAAUACUAUGUUCUUAACUCUUUGAAACACAGACCCCCCAAACCACAAAAGAAAAGGUAUCUAUUCCGCUCAUUCAAAUCAACCAAAUUCUUCCAAACUACAACACUAGAUUGGGUUGAAGCUGGUUUACAAGUUUGUCGUCAAGGUUACAAUAUGCUUAACCUUCUCAUUCAUCGUAAGAAUUUAAAUUAUCUUCAUCUGGAUUACAAUUUCAAUUUGAAACCUGUGAAAACUCUUACUACAAAAGAAAGAAAGAAAUCUCGGUUCGGAAACGCCUUCCAUCUGUGUCGUGAGAUACUUCGUCUGACGAAGCUUAUAGUGGACUCUCAUGUACAAUAUCGUCUUAACAACGUGGACUCUUUCCAACUCGCCGACGGUCUUCAGUAUAUUUUUGCUCAUGUUGGACAACUGACGGGCAUGUACCGUUACAAGUACAAGCUGAUGAGGCAGAUCAGAAUGUGUAAAGAUUUGAAGCAUUUGAUUUACUACAGAUUUAAUACCGGUCCAGUAUCGAAAGGACCCGGUUGUGGGUUCUGGGCGCCAGGCUGGCGAGUAUGGUUGUUCUUCAUGAGAGGAAUCACACCAUUACUGGAACGUUGGCUCGGAAAUUUACUAUCGAGACAAUUCGAAGGAAGGCAUUCCAAAGGUGUGGCGAAGACUGUUACUAAACAGCGUGUGGAGUCACACUUCGAUCUUGAAUUGCGUGCAUCUGUAAUGCACGACAUUGUUGACAUGAUGCCUGAAGGUAUUAAACAGAAUAAGGCCAGGACGAUAUUGCAACAUUUGUCUGAAGCUUGGAGAUGCUGGAAAGCGAACAUCCCUUGGAAGGUACCUGGACUUCCAACUCCAAUAGAGAACAUGAUUCUUCGCUACGUAAAGAUGAAGGCGGACUGGUGGACCAACACAGCUCAUUACAACAGAGAGCGUAUCCGCCGUGGUGCGACUGUCGAUAAAACAGUCUGCAAGAAAAACCUUGGCAGACUAACAAGGUUGUAUUUGAAAGCUGAGCAAGAAAGACAGCACAACUACCUUAAGGACGGUCCCUACAUAUCUCCAGAGGAAGCCGUAGCAAUCUACACUACCACUGUACAUUGGCUUGAAUCACGACGUUUCGCCCCAAUUCCGUUCCCCCCUCUCUCUUACAAGCACGACACAAAGCUAUUAAUUUUGGCUCUUGAACGUCUCAAAGAAGCGUAUAGCGUCAAAUCCAGAUUGAAUCAGAGUCAGAGAGAAGAGCUAGGGCUUAUCGAACAGGCGUAUGAUAAUCCUCAUGAAGCAUUAUCUAGGAUUAAACGUCAUUUGCUCACUCAAAGAACUUUUAGGGAGGUGGGAAUUGAGUUUAUGGAUCUCUACUCCCAUUUAGUUCCAGUAUAUGAUGUAGAACCAUUGGAGAAGAUAACAGAUGCAUAUCUUGAUCAGUACUUAUGGUAUGAAGCAGACAAAAGACGUCUAUUGCCACCCUGGGUCAAACCAGCUGAUACAGAACCAUCACCUUUACUUGUCUACAAGUGGUGUCAGGGUAUUAACAACCUUCAAGACGUAUGGGAAGUUGGUGAAGGCGAGUGUAAUGUCUUGCUCGAGUCACGUUUUGAGAAAUUGUAUGAGAAGAUAGAUUUGACGCUGCUUAACAGGUUGUUACGUCUCAUUGUGGACCAUAACAUUGCUGAUUACAUGACUGCUAAAAACAAUGUAGUGAUCAAUUAUAAGGAUAUGAAUCACACAAACUCAUACGGUAUAAUUAGAGGUCUUCAAUUUGCUUCCUUCAUCGUCCAGUAUUAUGGCUUAGUGCUAGACUUACUGGUGCUCGGUCUACAGAGAGCCAGUGAGAUGGCUGGCCCACCACAACUGCCUAAUGACUUCCUUUCAUACCAAGAUCGUCAGACAGAAACUGCUCAUCCUAUUCGAUUGUAUUGCAGAUACAUAGAUAGGAUUCAUAUAUUUUUCAGAUUCUCAGCAGAGGAAGCAAGAGAUCUGAUUCAACGCUACCUUACAGAGCAUCCUGAUCCCAACAAUGAGAACAUUGUUGGUUACAAUAACAAAAAGUGCUGGCCGAGGGAUGCUCGUAUGCGUCUAAUGAAGCACGAUGUUAAUCUUGGGCGUGCAGUAUUCUGGGACAUAAAGAAUCGUCUACCGCGUUCAGUGACAACUAUACAAUGGGAGAACAGCUUUGUAUCUGUUUAUUCUAAGGACAAUCCCAAUUUGUUAUUCAAUAUGGCUGGAUUUGAAUGCAGAAUCUUGCCAAAGUGCCGAAGUCAACAUGAAGAGCUGUCGCAUCGUGACGGAGUAUGGAACCUUCAGAACGAAGUGACCAAAGAGCGCACAGCACAAUGCUACCUACGUGUUGAUGACGAAUCCCUGGCUCGUUUCCACAAUCGUGUCAGACAAAUCCUUAUGGCUUCCGGAUCAACGACCUUUACCAAAAUCGUCAAUAAAUGGAAUACUGCUCUUAUUGGUCUAAUGACAUACUUCCGCGAGGCCGUUGUUAACACACAAGAACUCCUCGACUUACUCGUGAAAUGCGAGAAUAAGAUUCAAACUCGUAUCAAGAUUGGCCUUAACUCGAAAAUGCCUUCGAGAUUCCCUCCGGUCGUGUUUUACACACCCAAAGAACUUGGAGGUUUAGGAAUGUUGUCUAUGGGACAUGUUUUGAUCCCGCAGUCUGACCUACGUUGGUCAAAACAAACAGACGUCGGCAUAACGCAUUUCCGUUCUGGAAUGUCACAUGAUGAAGAUCAACUAAUUCCGAACUUGUACCGCUACAUACAACCUUGGGAAGCUGAGUUUGUAGACUCCCAGCGAGUCUGGGCUGAAUACGCACUUAAGAGACAGGAAGCUAAUGCUCAGAAUAGACGAUUGACUCUAGAAGAUUUGGAAGAUUCUUGGGACAGGGGUAUCCCGAGGAUCAACACACUUUUCCAAAAAGACAGGCAUACACUCGCUUACGAUAAGGGAUGGCGUAUACGUACGGAAUUCAAACAGUAUCAGGUCCUAAAGCAGAAUCCAUUCUGGUGGACUCACCAGCGUCACGACGGCAAACUGUGGAACUUGAACAACUAUCGCACAGAUAUGAUACAAGCAUUGGGAGGAGUUGAGGGUAUCCUCGAGCAUACAUUGUUCAAGGGAACUUACUUCCCGACUUGGGAGGGUUUGUUCUGGGAAAAGGCGUCUGGUUUCGAAGAGUCGAUGAAGUACAAAAAGUUGACAAACGCCCAACGAUCCGGGUUGAAUCAGAUCCCGAACCGUCGAUUCACAUUAUGGUGGUCGCCUACAAUCAACAGAGCGAACGUCUACGUCGGUUUUCAAGUACAACUGGAUCUUACUGGUAUAUUCAUGCACGGUAAGAUUCCGACAUUGAAGAUUUCACUCAUCCAAAUCUUCAGAGCUCACUUGUGGCAGAAAGUACACGAGUCGAUUGUUAUGGAUCUUUGUCAGGUAUUCGAUCAAGAACUUGACGCCUUAGAAAUUGAGACGGUACAGAAAGAAACCAUUCAUCCUCGUAAAUCUUAUAAGAUGAAUUCAUCAUGCGCCGAUAUAUUACUGUUCUCAGCCUACAAGUGGAACGUGUCCCGACCAUCCUUAUUAGCCGAUACAAAGGACACAAUGGACAAUACAACUACACAAAAGUACUGGCUUGAUAUACAGCUUCGUUGGGGUGAUUACGAUUCUCACGACAUCGAAAGAUAUGCUCGUGCUAAAUUCUUGGAUUACACUACAGACAACAUGUCUAUAUAUCCUUCACCUACCGGUUUGCUGAUCGCCAUUGAUUUGGCCUAUAACUUGCACAGUGCAUACGGUAACUGGUUCCCCGGUUGCAAACCUCUUAUUCAACAAGCGAUGGCCAAGAUAAUGAAAGCUAAUCCUGCCUUGUAUGUGCUUAGGGAACGUAUACGUAAAGCACUGCAAUUGUAUUCUUCAGAACCUACUGAACCUUACCUCUCCAGUCAGAACUAUGGAGAAUUGUUCUCUAAUCAAAUCAUUUGGUUCGUUGAUGACACGAAUGUGUAUCGUGUAACAAUUCACAAAACCUUUGAAGGAAACUUGACAACUAAACCCAUCAAUGGAGCCAUUUUUAUAUUCAAUCCCCGAACUGGACAGCUAUUCCUUAAAAUAAUUCAUACUAGUGUAUGGGCAGGGCAGAAACGUCUUGGACAGCUUGCUAAAUGGAAGACUGCAGAAGAAGUAGCUGCCUUAAUUCGAUCACUGCCAGUUGAAGAACAACCAAAACAAAUUAUUGUUACCAGAAAAGGAAUGUUGGAUCCACUUGAGGUCCAUUUACUCGACUUUCCUAACAUUGUAAUCAAGGGUUCCGAACUGCAGCUGCCAUUCCAGGCUUGUUUGAAAGUGGAAAAGUUUGGUGACCUCAUAUUGAAGGCAACUGAGCCUCAAAUGGUCUUGUUCAACUUAUAUGAUGACUGGCUAAAGACUAUAUCUUCAUAUACUGCCUUCAGUCGGCUUAUCCUGAUACUCCGUGCUUUGCACGUGAACACAGAACGCACAAAGGUCCUCUUGAAACCUGAUAAAACCACUUUCACGGAACCUCACCACAUUUGGCCCACUUUAACUGAUGAUGAUUGGAUCAAAGUUGAGGUUCAACUGAAGGACCUAAUAUUAGCUGAUUAUGGAAAGAAGAACAAUGUAAAUGUGGCGUCGCUCACACAAUCGGAAAUCCGUGACAUCAUUCUUGGUAUGGAGAUAUCUGCACCCUCUGCACAGCGUCAACAAAUUGCCGAGAUCGAAAAGCAGAGUAAAGAACAGAGUCAACUUACCGCGACCACAACGCGUACUGUAAACAAACAUGGAGAUGAAAUUAUAACCUCAACGACGAGCAAUUAUGAGUCGCAGACGUUUAGCUCUAAGACUGAAUGGCGUGUCCGUGCGAUAUCAGCCACCAAUUUACAUCUUCGUACAAAUCAUAUUUACGUGAGUUCCGAUGACAUCAAGGAAAGCGGAUACACCUACAUUCUGCCGAAGAACCUACUUAAGAAAUUCGUUACCAUUUCCGAUUUAAGGGCACAGAUUGCCUGUUAUUUGUAUGGUACAUCACCAAGUGAUAAUCCAAUGGUACGUGAGGUGCACUGUGCGGUACUGCCUCCCCAGUGGGGCACACAUCAACAAGUACAUCUGCCGAAACACCUGCCAAAACAUCCCGCUCUAGCACACCUGCAACCUCUUGGAUGGAUGCACACACAACCUAAUGAGUUGCCCCAGCUAUCACCUCAGGAUAUCACUACACAUGCCAAAAUCAUGUCCGAUAACUCAUCAUGGGAUGGCGAGAAGACUAUUAUCAUAACUUGCUCAUUCACGCCCGGCUCAUGUUCCCUAACUGCGUACAAACUUACACCAAGCGGAUACGAAUGGGGCGUGAGGAAUACUGAUAGAGGAAAUAAUCCUAAAGGCUACUUGCCGAGUCAUUACGAGAGAGUGCAGAUGUUGCUCUCAGAUAGAUUCCUGGGCUAUUUCAUGGUGCCGUCGCAGGGCAGUUGGAAUUAUAACUUUAUGGGCGUCCGUCACGACCCGAAUAUGAAGUACGGUGUGCAACUCGGCAACCCUCGCGAAUUCUACCACGAGGUUCACAGACCGGCGCAUUUCAUGAACUUUGCUGCUAUGGAAGAUGCUGCAGCACCAACAAUCGCCGCUGACAGAGAAGACUUGUUUGCAUAAAUUUAAUCUAGAAGCAUUUUUAUUGCGUUUCACUUUAUGUUAUAAUAGAAAUAAAAAAGAAAAUAAACAGCUAUUUAGCUGUUUAUAUAUUAUGCUUUCGAUUAUUUGUCCUCUUUCGUUUUAUAUGAGUGUGUAAUAGAAUAAGGAUAAUAUGUGUAUUAGCAUUAAAUAAUAAAUUUCGAUAAUUACUAA